UGACUAGACAAUAGCUCACGUGACAAGACAGCUCAUAAGGUGACCAGACAACUUGCUGCUUCAGUUCAACCUCAGACAGCACACGCGCAAGGUGUCGACAACAGCGGUUCUAACAAAAUGGAUGCAACUGACGCAAACAUCUACCUAUUCGAUGCUGUCAGUAAUGGAUCACUUCGAGGCGUUGAAGCGGCUUUGAAAGCUGGUGCAGACAUUGACUGCAAAUAUGCAAGAUGCGAGGACUCAAGCCCCGGGACAUUGUUGUUCCAUGCCUCCUGCAUGGGAGAUGUAGACACCGCGAGACUGCUGCUCUGCAAGGGGGCGUCUUUGGUGAAGAGAUCAGACAGGAGCGCAUUCGCACCCCUUCAUGCAGCAGCGAUCAACGGGAGGACAGAAAUAGUGGACUUGCUGGUGCAGCAUGGUGCGACAGUGGACGUACGUGAUCGCUGCCAGAACACACCACUCAUGAGAGCUUGUGAUCACAACCAUGUGGACACAGUUCGGAGACUGCUAGAACUCGGAGCAAGGCCUGAUUUGACCGGCGGUCAUUGUCGGGCUAUAAAGAGCGAUGAAAAUGAAGAGAGUUGGAAGCUGAUACAAGAGGCGAGGAAGACCAAGCUGUUGAGAUGCUGCAACGCCAAAUGUAGCAAACCGGGCAAAAGGAAAACCGGGACCCUGAAGCUGUGUGGCCGGUGCAAGCUGACCCGCUACUGCAGCCGUGACUGUCAGAAACAACACUGGUCUGUCGGACACAAAAAGUGCUGUGGGCAUGACGUGUACUUUGAAGAGAUAGAAGACUCCUUCCAGCGAGCCCUGAGAGACAUUUGGCAUCUUUGAAAAAUGCCGCAUGGAAUCUCACUCACAAAUUAGAUUGCUAGGAUAGCUGUCUCUAAGUCCAUUUGUAUUUGGCACUAUAGAAUGCUGAAGUCCUUUGACGAGCUAGAAGACUCCUUCUAACGAGCCCUGAGAAGACUACAUUUUUCUGUAAUGACAGCAUGAUAUGCUUUGUAUAAUCCAUUCUAUCUGAAGCACGAUAUCGUGUUUGUAUCAUCUUCCUACUAAAGUGUGUGCUUAGUUAGAGACAGUCUCAGACACGUCUUGCUCUUGUCUACAUUCUCGUGUUAUUUUACUCAAGGAUAUUGGGCACAAUAAUGAAAUUGUCCUGCAACAGCACAUUUGUUGUGUACUUUUUCGAUAUGAGGAGUAGGAGAAAAUAGCAGACAUUGAAAAAGCUUGUUGUAUUGCUGGUAUCAUUCACUUGCUCACCAAGUUGAAAAAAAAACACUCGUCAAGAAAUUCUUUUUAGAAAUGUACAAGGAAGGGCGUCUGUUUGUGUCCGUUUGCGUAGUUACUACUAUUGGUAAGCUUAGUCUUUCAACAUUAUUUCCCUAUAUAGCCGUCCUCGCUUUAUUGCUGAGCAUCUGAUAUAUCUCAUUGUCUCAUUGUUAACUGUGGCUAGCAUACAAGUUUUACAAGCAGCCAAAUAAAAGUCAUUUCAUGCA